AUGGAGACUUAUAAUGAUACUGAAAGCUUCUGGUCGGAGAUGUAUGAGGGACUGCCACCACCAUCGUCAAGUCCCCCUGUUCCAGCGAUGGCAGCGAUGGAGAGACAGUCAACUCCCUGGGAAACGCUUCAAGCGUUUGAAGACGAACGGCUCUCCACAAACAGUUCGGUCAUGAGAGUGUCCCUCUAUGGACCUUUUUAUGCUCACCUGCCCAACGUUUACCUUGAUUGGGAGCUCGAAAGCUAUGUUUACCGGGUUCUGGGGAGCAAAUGCUAUGGCCUCAAAUUGCCAAAGCCAAGUGUCCUUCAACAGCAUAUCCAGAGUCCAUACCACAUGAAAUAUAACGAGAUGCAAGCUCCCCGACAGCAAACACCACCCCCACUGACAAACUAUGUCCGUCAAAAUACCGAGGCUGCACCUAAGGAGGCGACAACUCCAAGCCGUCAAUACAUGCCUACAGAAAUUGAAGAUAGUCAAGCUGAAGAUCUUUGGACAGCAAGUCCUACUUCUAUCCGUCAAAAUACCGAGGCUACACCUAAUGAGGCGACAGCUCCUGUCGGACCCCUGGACAGUCAAGACAUACCUGCAGUGAUCGAAAUCCUGGACAGUCAAGACAUACCCACAUUUAUCGAACUCCCAAACAGCCAAACCGAAGACCUUUGGUCAGAAACCUCUACUCCUGUCCAUCAAAAUAUCGAGCCCACACCUCAUGAGGCGACAACUCCUGUCCAUAUCCUGGAUGGUCGAUACACACCUACAAUCAUCGAAAUCCCGGACAGUCAGGCUGAGGAUCUUUAG